CAAAAAGAACAGACCUAUGAUUGGCAUGCAUCAGGCGUCAGUCAGCGUCACUGCCCACUGUUGUCGGUGUGCUUUAAAUUUUUGGUGGAAGUGUGUAUAUUUAAGAUUAUUUUUCUCGGUUAUUAUAUAUCAACAACAAUUCGCAAAUAUGGAUAAUGACAAGAGCACUAUGCUAGCUGUUCUUCAACUUUUGAAGAAAUACAAUUUAAAGGGAACUGAGGAGUUAUUUAGAAAAGAAGCUAAUCUCACGGAUGUUUCACUUGAUGAUGCUCAGCAAACUGAUUCUGAUGUGACCAGUGUCCUUUCCGCUUAUAAAAGCGAGGGAGAUCCUGCACAAUAUGAAAAAGCAUAUAGUGAAUUGAAAAAAUUUGUUGAAGGAGCUUUGGACAUUUAUAAGCAUGAAUUGGGAACUAUAUUGUAUCCAGUUUUGGUGCAUAUGUAUCUGGAAUUGGUUUACAACAAUCAUUCUAAAGAAGCAAAACAGUUGAUGGAAAAGUUUGGUACGAAUUUAGAAGAAUAUUAUCAAGAAGAUUUGAAAAGAAUAUCCAAUGUAACGAAACGGGAACAAAUGGCGGGGAAUGAGUUAACCGAUACAUUUAAAUCCAAUCAAUUUAUAAUCAGAAUGUCAAGGGAUACUCUUUCAAUACUAAAACGGCAUUUACAAGAAAAGAAACACAGUGUAUUGCUAAAUAUUAUACAAGAGCAUCUUUACUUUGAUAUGUAUGAAGGUGUUGCUCGUAAUAAACAACAGAUAGACGCAACAUCUGGAGCUAUGGUAGGAGAAGCUACCAGACAAGAUAACAAAGCCAAAGUCUAUUAUGGACUUCUAAAAGAACCAGAUAUUCAGUGUGUAGCACCAGCCGAGGAAGAAGAGGACGAUACAGGUGGUGGAGAUGGAGACAAACCAAAGAAGAAAAAGGCUAAAAAGGAUCCAUUAUUUUCAAAGAAAACUAAAUCCGACCCUAAUGCACCACCUGUCGGAAGAAUGCCAUUACCCAAUUUGAAAGAUGCAGAUAAAGUAGAAAAAAUUAAGUCAUUGAGGGAAGCAUCAAAAAGAGUUGUCCUUGGACCUGAUACAUUACCAUCUAUAUGUUUUUACACAUUAUUAAACACUACUUAUACUGUAACGGCAGCAGAAGUGGCAGAAGACUCGAGUUUAUUAGCUACUGGAUUUAGUGAUUCCGGUAUAAAGAUAUGGAGCUUGGUUCCACAAAAACUGAGGUUAAUGAAAAGUGGUGAACAAUUACAAGAAAUUAAUAGAGAAGCAGAGGAUGUAUUAGUUAGAAUGAUGGAUGAACGAACAUCUGAAACUGCAAAAAAUCUCUAUGGUCAUAAUGGGCCAGUUUAUAGCCUUUCAUUUAGUCAAGAUAGAAAUCUUCUACUUUCAUCAUCAGAAGAUACUACAAUAAGACUAUGGUCACUACAUACAUGGACAUGUGUCGUCUGCUACAAAGGUCACUUAUUUCCCGUGUGGUGCGUAAAAUUCUCACUGCAUGGUUAUUACUUCGCAAGUGCCUCAAAUGACAAAACUGCCAGAUUAUGGACAACUGAUUCUCAUCAGCCGUUACGAAUAUUUGCUGGUCAUUAUUCGGACGUUGAUGUAAUUCAAUUCCAUCCAAAUUCAAAUUAUGUUGCAAGCGGUUCAAGCGACAUGACUGUGAGAUUGUGGGACUGUGUAACUGGCAAUCAAGUCCGCUUAAUGACUGGACACAAAGGACCAAUCUUUUCUUUAGCUUUCUCAGCAGAGGGAAGAUUUUUAGCUUCAGCUGGCGCAGAUCAUCGUGUACUCGUAUGGGAUUUGGCACACGGUCACCUUGUCGCAGCGUUAUCGGGUCAUACGGCUAAUAUUCACUGUCUAUCGUUUAGUCGAGAUGGCAAUAUCUUAGUUUCGGGAUCUUUAGAUUAUACUCUGAAAUUGUGGGACUUUACAAAAUUAGCGGAAGAAAUGAGCUUGGAGGAUGUUAAUGUUUCACACAAUCCAGAUGUGAAAACUAAUUCGGAAUCGUACCUACUGCGUACUUUCGCAACAAAAAGCACAUCUAUUCUGACAUUGCAUUUUUCGCGUAGAAAUUUAUUGCUAGGCGUCGGCAUGUUUGACUCAGCAUAAUCGGUAGUGUCUUAGAAAUUUAUUGUUUUAUAUACAUAAGAGACUUAAUAUACAUGUACAAAAAAA